GGGCGUUGCUGGGCGCUGUUGUGCAAGACAAGGCACCUGUGAGGAGAGCGUGUGUCAACGAGCACUUGGAUUCAGCUUCAUUUCCGGCAUGGAAGAAACUUACAUUGACUCCCUGGACCCUGAAAAGCUGUUACAAUGCCCCUAUGAUAAAAACCACCAGAUCAGGGCCUGCAGGUUUCCUUAUCAUCUUAUCAAGUGCAGAAAGAAUCAUCCUGAUGUCGCAAACAAAUUGGCUACUUGUCCCUUCAAUGCUCGCCACCAGGUUCCUCGUGCCGAAAUCAGUCAUCAUAUCUCAAGCUGUGAAGACAAAAGUUGUAUCGAACAAGAUGUUGUCAACCAAACCAGGAACUUUGGACAAGAGACUCUGGCUGAGAGCACAUGGCAGUGCCCUCCUUGCGAUGAAGACUGGGAUAAAGAUGUGUGGGAAGAUACAAGCACUCCAUUUGUCUGGGGGACAGCUAACUAUUGUGGCAACAACAGCCCUGCAAGCAACAUAGUUACAGAACGUAAGAGUAACCUGGCUUCAGGCAUGCGAGUUCCCAAAUCUCUGCCAUAUGUUCUGCCAUGGAAAAAGAAUGGAAAUGCCUAGUAACUGAACAUCUAUCUCAUCAAAUUCCAAACCCUAGAAGACUUUUGCUUCUUCCUGCUACCAAUGGGUUCUUCGUUUUUCUCCUAACCUAAUUAAAGAACAAUAAACUCUGUGACUUUCAAACUAACAAGUACCUUUUUUCUCCCCCUUUUGACUUCUCAUUUGAUGCAAGAGCCCUCAUACUCAGAAGCUUUCAAAUAAACCAUCAGAGUAGAUAGCAUAAUAGUUUGGUUAAGUACCUGCAACCCCAAGAUCAGAGAUCACACCUAAUUCCACGUUAAUGAAUCAUAAUGAUUUAAAGUUAUCUUAAUCCAUCUAAAGUAGACAGGAAACUUGGG